AUUUUUCAACAUUUCGGCUGGAUCCAAGGUAUCUUUGGGCUCUUCGACUGGAUGCAAGGUAUCUUUGGGUUCUUCAGCUGGAUCUAAGAUACAAGAUCUUUGUAUUCUUCAGCUGGAUCCAAGAUGCAAGAUCUUUGGGUUCUUCAGCUGAAUUCAAGGUGCAAG